AUGGGCCGGCCGGGUGGGACAGAGAACCUCGCCGGGGCUCGACGGCGUCGGGGGGGGGCGGUGCUCGCCGGGGCUCGCAGUCGUCGGGGAGGGGGCGGUGCUCGCCGGGGCUCGCCGGGCGGGUCGGGGCUCGCGGUUCACCGGCGGCUGAGGGUCAGGGUGGCGGCGGCGCGGGCCUCGCCGGGACUCGCCGGGGCGGGCGGGCACGGCCUCGUCGGGACUCGCCGGUGGGGCACAGGACUCGCCGGGGCCAGCGCGGGACUCGCUGGGCCUCGCGCGGGGAUGGCCGGUGCCGGCGCGGGACUCGCCGGGGCGGCGGGCGACGGCGGCGCAGUGGGCGUGGCGGUGCGCACGGCGGGCGGGCGGGCGCGGUGCGGCUGCCUACAGACAAGAGAGGAAGACAAGAAGACAUCGUCAUUUCAUGUAACUCAAACUUCACUGGAAGCCUCGGACGUGAAUGGUAGGGCGUGCAACAAAAAGAUCCAGGACCACACUGGGGUCACCUAUGCUACUGCAUUCCAAGAGGCUGGUGUCGAGAUGGUUGGCCACAGCGCCCUCGAUCUCUACAACAUUAGAGAAGAAGAAAAUGACUGA